AUGGCUCCCGAAGUUUCAAAAAGGAAGGUCUUGAGGACUUUGAGCAAUAGGUACAUAUGCCGAACUAUCCCUUUACUGCAUACCAUUAUUCUUCUCAUUGAAAUGGGAAUCGUAGCAAGAAUAGUGUACAAAUUCAAUAGCUACUAUGCCGAUCGCCCAAUCCUCACCAUGAUGAUUACAAACGCGAUCCUCAGUGGUAUCGCUGAUACUGUGGCUCAGUCUAUAAGUGCCAUACGCCUGCGGAUAACUAGUGGCAGUACUUCAAAUCAAAUACCGCUGGCUAUAGAGAUUCACGAGCUUGAUCAAAAGAAUUCCCCAACGCUACAAGAGAUGAGCUCUGAUGCAAAGUCGCAAUUACCUUCAUUUGACUUUGAGCGUCUCUCUCGAUUCAUGGCUUAUGGCUGCAUGAUGGCCCCGAUUCAGUUCAAAUGGUUCAAAUUUUUGUCCAAAUCCUUCCCUAUCACUAAACAAAACGGGCUAGAGUCGGCCUUGAAAAUGAUGGCAUUAGACCAGCUUAUCUUUGCACCCGCUGGCAUUGCGACUUUUUUUACAGUUAUGACCAUCGCUGAAGGGGGUGGCCGUCGGGCUGUCUCGACUAAGUUAAGAGAUAUGUACCUUCCAACUCUCAAGGCCAACUUUGUUGUCUGGCCUCUGGUGCAAAUGGUUAACUUCAGGCUCAUGCCUCUUCAAUUUCAACUUCCCUUUGUCUCAACCAUAAGUAUCGCAUGGACUGUAUAUCUCUCGCUCUCAAAUGCCUCCGAAGACGCUGAUGUCCGAUCAACACCACAAUCACCGAACUUUAGAUUGCAGUAA